GUGGACCUUUUUGGAUGACGGACCGGGAGGACAGGGGCGCAUGACCAACGUCGUAUUUUCUUUUCCAGCAGUAUUUCAAAUGCGCAUUAGGUCCUGAAAAUCCUCAAAAAUGUCUAUUUUCACACCAACCAACCAAAUCCGGUUGACGAACGUGGCGGUGGUUCGGAUGAAGAAAGGCGGGAAGCGCUUCGAAAUCGCCUGUUAUAAAAACAAAGUUAUGAGCUGGAGAACCGGAGCAGAGAAGGACCUGGAUGAGGUUCUGCAGACUCCGUCUGUCUUCAUUAACGUGUCAAAAGGUCAGACGGCGAAGAAGGAUGACCUGCUGAAAGCUUUUGGGACAGAAGAUCAGACAGAAAUCUGCAAGCAGAUCUUGGCCAAAGGGGAGCUCCAGGUGUCCGACAAGGAGAGGCAGACGCAGCUGGAGACCAUGUUCAGGGACAUCGCCACCACCGUGGCCGACAAGUGUGUGAACCCGGAGACCAAGAGGCCGUACCCGGUCAGCAUGAUCGAGCGGGCCAUGAAGGACAUCCACUACUCCGUCAAACCCAACAAGAGCACCAAGCAGCAGGCUCUGGAGGUGAUCCGGCAGCUGAAGGAGACCAUGGAGAUCCAGAGGGCCCACAUGAGGCUGCGGCUGCAGCUGCCGGCCAAGGAGGCCAAGCGUCUGAAGGAGAAGCUGAAGCCGCUGCUGCAGGUGGUGGAGAGCGAGGAGUUCGACGAGGAGCUGGAAAUGAUCUGUCUGGUGGAUCCCGGCUGCUUCCGGGAGAUCGACGAGCUGAUUCGCUGCGAGACCAAAGGCAGAGGCUCUCUGGAGGUCCUGAGUCUGAAGGACGUGGAGGAAGGAGAGGAGAAGAUGUAGCUCCUCCUCCGCCUGCAGGAAGAGACUUUCCCCUUCAAGAAACACAGACCAGCAGAUCCUUCUCACUUAUUUAUUCACUUUUUGCAGCUUCUCCCGUUCCUUUGAAGCUUCAGAUCCACUGAAGCUCCAAUUCCAGUAUCUCCAACACUUCUGGUUGACUUAAGCACGGCUUUGCACAUUUUCAAAAAUAUCUAAACACUUAAUCUAUUUUUGUUUCCUGGAGACCCAAAGAAAACACGUUUGAUUUGCUCAAAUAGCCUCAGAAACAACAAAGUGCGCCUUCAAAAUAGGAAGGAGGUUUGAACAAACAAGAAGGAAAUGUUCUUCUGUCGGGUUGGAUUACGUUCGACAAACUAAUAAAGGCAUGACUUCACAGUGUG